AUGGCUGACAUAAUGUUAGCGCGUCGAGCGGCGAAUCCUCUGGAACCAAAAUUAUUGCCCACCAUGGCAAAGCUCGUGGACGACCAUCAGAUCCAUACUGCCUCGUUGCAUAAUCCGAUCCCUUGGCAAUUGCAUACAUAUGUCUGGCCUUUUCUCAUCAUCUGGCCCGUGUUCUUCGCCUUCUACCUCUCCCCCGAGCGCUAUGAUACCUACAUUCAGGGACAGGAAUGGACCUUCGUGUUCGCGGGGUCCAUAGUCACAAUUCAGUCGCUCCUUUGGCUGAUGACCAAGUGGAACAUCGAUAUCAACACCCUGUUCACUACUGUUCGAUCCAAGUCUAUCGACACUGCCCGGCUUAUCAAAGUGGUUCCCAUCACCAACGCCGGGUCUGCCGAGAUCUGCAAAUUGAUUAGAGAAAACACCGGCCCAAAGAAGUCCCUCUCGUUCCUCUUCCAGAAGCGCCGCUUCCUCUUUUACCCCGAGACUCGCACCUUUGCGCCUCUGUCUUACGCUCUUGACGCUGAACCGAAACCUGCCCUUAAGACUUUCCAGCAGAACGAGGGAUUCACGUCGAAGGCCGAGAUUGACCGCGUUCAAAACCACUAUGGCGAUAAUACUUUCGAUAUCCCCGUUCCUGGCUUUAUUGAGCUCUUCCAGGAGCACGCUGUCGCGCCAUUCUUCGUCUUCCAGAUUUUCUGUGUUGGGUUGUGGAUGCUGGAUGAAUACUGGUACUACUCGCUCUUCACGCUCUUCAUGCUUGUUAUGUUCGAGAGCACCGUUGUGUGGCAGCGCCAGAGGACAUUGAGCGAGUUCCGUGGAAUGAGCAUCAAGCCUUAUGAUGUCUGGGUAUACCGUGAACGGAAAUGGCAGGAGAUCACCAGUGAUAAGCUUCUUCCCGGUGAUCUCAUGUCGGUGAACCGCACCAAGGAGGACAGUGGCGUUGCCUGCGAUAUUCUCUUGAUUGAAGGUAGUGUUAUUGUGAACGAGGCUAUGCUUUCUGGCGAGAGCACACCUCUUCUGAAAGACUCUGUCCAGCUUCGUCCUGGUGAUGACUUGAUCGAACCGGAUGGAUUGGACAAGCUCUCGUUUGUGCAUGGUGGCACCAAGGUCCUCCAGGUCACCCAUCCUAAUCUGACUGGCGACGCUGGGUUGAAGAAUCUGGCCAGCAAUGUUACCAUGCCCCCAGACAAUGGUGCUCUGGGUGUGGUGGUUAAGACCGGGUUCGAAACCAGCCAGGGUAGCCUCGUCCGGACCAUGAUCUACUCGACUGAACGUGUCUCUGCCAACAAUGUCGAAGCUCUGUUGUUCAUUCUCUUCCUCCUGAUUUUCGCCAUUGCCGCUUCGUGGUACGUGUGGCAGGAGGGUGUGAUCCGGGACCGCAAGCGCUCCAAACUUCUGCUCGACUGUGUCCUCAUCAUUACCAGUGUUGUUCCUCCUGAAUUGCCUAUGGAACUGAGCUUGGCAGUUAACACUAGUCUUGCUGCUCUGAGCAAGUAUGCAAUUUUCUGCACUGAGCCUUUCCGUAUUCCCUUUGCUGGUCGUGUUGACAUCGCUUGUUUUGACAAAACUGGUACUCUGACCGGAGAAGAUCUUGUCGUUGAUGGUAUUGCUGGACUUACUUUGGGUGAGGCUGGCUCGAAGGUCGAAGCCGAUGGUGCUCACACUGAAUUGGCCAAUUCAUCUGCUGCUGGACCCAACACCACUCUCGUUCUCGCCAGUGCCCACGCCUUGGUGAAGCUGGAUGAGGGUGAUGUUGUCGGUGACCCCAUGGAAAAGGCUACUUUGGAAUGGCUUGGCUGGACUCUGGGCAAGAAGGACACUCUGUCUUCCAAGGGCAACGCUCCUGUUGUCUCUGGUUGCAGCGUUGAGUCUGUUCAGAUUAAGCGAAGAUUCCAGUUCUCCUCAGCCCUGAAGCGCCAAAGUACUAUCGCGACUGUCACGACCAAUGACCGCCAGGCUUCCAAGAAGAUCAAGUCUACGUUUGUGGGUGUCAAGGGUGCCCCCGAGACCAUCAAUACUAUGCUGGUCAACACCCCCCCAAACUACGAGGAAACCUACAAGCACUUCACCCGCAACGGUGCUCGUGUGCUUGCUCUUGCCUACAAGUACCUUUCAUCUGAGACUGAGCUUUCCCAGAGCCGCGUAAACAACUAUGUCCGCGAAGAGAUCGAAUCCGAACUUAUUUUUGCCGGCUUCCUUGUCCUGCAGUGCCCACUUAAGGACGAUGCUAUCAAAUCUGUCCAAAUGCUGAAUGAAAGCAGCCACCGUGUUGUCAUGAUCACUGGUGAUAACCCGUUGACCGCUGUCCACGUCGCGCGCAAGGUCGAAAUUGUUGACCGUGAGGUUCUCAUUCUCGAUGCCCCUGAACAUGAUAACUCUGGAACCAAAAUUGUGUGGCGUACCAUCGACGAUCAGCUCAAUCUUGAAGUCGACCCCACUAAGCCCCUCGACCCGAAGAUUUUGGAAACCAAGGACAUCUGUAUCACUGGGUAUGCUUUGGCAAAGUUCAAGGGCCAGAAGGCUCUCCCUGAUUUGCUCCGCCACACCUGGGUUUAUGCUCGUGUGUCUCCCAAGCAGAAGGAAGAGAUUCUGCUUGGUCUCAAGGAUGCUGGGUACACCACUCUGAUGUGCGGUGAUGGCACCAAUGAUGUCGGCGCUUUGAAGCAGGCUCACGUCGGCGUCGCGCUUCUGAACGGCUCGCAAGAGGAUCUCACCAAGAUCGCUGAACACUACCGGAACACCAAGAUGAAGGAGCUGUACGAGAAGCAAGUCGGCAUGAUGCAACGAUUCAAUCAACCCGCCCCUCCAGUCCCUAAAGCCAUGGAGCGGGAGUCACAGCGCAAGGGUGCCGCGAUCGCCGCUCCCGGUGGAACCUCCGAAGCUAUCCCAACUAUCACAUCUCCUGGCGCCCAGGCCCUGCAACAAUCAAACUUGACCCCCCAGCAGCAGAAAAAGCAGCAGGCACAGGUUGCCGCAGCUGGCCUUGCAGACAAGCUUACAUCAUCUAUGAUGGAGCAGGACAAGUUGGCCAACGUUAUUGCUAUCCCGAAUAUUAUCCGCCAGGGUCGCUGUACCCUGGUUGCCACGAUUCAGAUGUACAAGAUCCUUGCUUUGAACUGCCUGAUCAGUGCCUACAGUCUGAGUGUCAUCUAUUUGGAUGGUAUCAAGUUUGGUGAUGGACAAGUCACCAUCAGCGGUAUGCUUAUGAGUGUCUGCUUCCUUUCUAUCUCCCGCGCCAAGUCUGUCGAGGGUCUGUCUAAGGAGCGCCCGCAGCCCAAUAUCUUCAAUGUCUACAUCAUUGGAUCUGUUCUCGGACAGUUUGCCAUCCACAUUGCGACUCUGAUCUAUCUCUCCAACUAUGUCUAUAAGCACGAGCCGAGAGAUUCCGAUAUUGAUCUCGAGGGCGAAUUUGAGCCGUCCCUCCUGAACAGUGCCAUCUACCUCCUCCAGCUGAUUCAGCAAAUCUCGACCUUCUCAAUCAACUACCAAGGACGCCCCUUCCGCGAGUCGAUCCGCGAGAACAAGGGCAUGUACUGGGGUCUCAUCGCCGCAUCAGGUGUUGCAUUCUCCUGUGCCACUGAAUUCAUCCCCGAGCUGAAUGAGAAGUUGCGCCUCGUCCCCUUCACCAACGAAUUCAAGAUGACUCUCACUGUGCUGAUGAUCCUUGACUACGGUGGCUGCUGGUUGAUUGAGAACGUUCUCAAGCACCUGUUUAGUGACUUCCGCCCUAAGGACAUUGCUAUUCGUCGCCCCGACCAGCUUAAGCGCGAGGCGGAGCGUAAGUUGCAAGAGCAAGUUGACGCCGAGGCUCAGAAGGAGCUGCAAAGAAAGGUCUAG